UCAUAGCUCUGACUUCUACACUCUGCAGUUGUUUCUGGAAAGCUCAAAUCCUUGAUCAGGAAGAAAAUGUACAGCCAAGUUGAGCACCCAGCUGGUGGAUAUGUGAAGCUCUUUGAGACUGUGGAGGAAUUAUCUUCACCUGUCGUGUGUCAUGUCACAGGUAGGAUUCCCACCUGGCUCAAAGGAAGCCUGCUGAGAUGUGGACCUGGCUUAUUUGAAGUUGGUUCAGAACCAUUUUAUCAUUUGUUUGAUGGCCAAGCACUUCUUCAUAAGUUUGACUUUACAGAGGGGGAUGUCACAUACUAUCGGAGGUUUGUUCGGAGUGAUUCUUAUGUAAGAGCAAUGACUGAGAAAAGAAUUGUGAUAACAGAGUUUGGCACUUGUGCUUACCCUGAUCCAUGCAAGAAUAUAUUUUCCAGGUUUUUUUCAUACUUUAGAGGUGUGGAGAUCACUGAUAACGUUUUAGUUAACAUUUACCCUGUGGGAGAAGAUUACUAUGCCUGCACAGAAACCAACUUUAUAACCAAGAUUAACCCCAAGACUUUGGAGACCAUGAAGAAGGUGGAUCUCUGUAAAUAUGUUUCAAUCAAUGGGUUAACUGCUCAUCCCCAUAUUGAAAAGGAUGGCACAGUUUACAACAUUGGCAACUGCUUUGGAAAAAAUUUUUCAAUUGCCUAUAAUAUUGUACGGAUACCUCCACUGCAAGCAGAUAAGGAAGAUCCAAUUAAGAAGUCUGAGGUGGUUGUGCAGUUUCCUUGCAGCGACAGAUUUAAGCCCUCCUAUGUUCACAGCUUUGGAAUGACUGCAAAUUACAUAGUAUUUGUGGAAACACCAGUGAAAAUUAACCUGAUCAAGUUCCUGUCUUCCUGGAGCCUUUGGGGAGCCAACUACAUGGACUGCUUUGAGUCCAAUGAAACCAUGGGGGUCUGGAUUCAUGUAGCAGAUAAAAUUAAAGGAAAGUACCUCAAUAUCAGAUACCGGACCUCAGCCUUUAACCUCUUUCAUCACAUUAACACAUAUGAGGAUAAUGGAUUUCUUGUUGUGGAUCUCUGCACCUGGAAGGGGUUUGAGUUUGUUUACAAUUAUCUGUAUUUAGCCAAUUUACGUGGGAACUGGGAAGAAGUGAAGAAAAAGGCUGAAAAAGCCCCUCAGCCUGAAGCUCGAAGAUAUGUCCUUCCUUUAAGCUUUGACAAGGUUGACACGGGUAAGAAUUUAGUCACUUUGCCCUACACAACAGCCACAGCAACUCUGCACAGUGAUGAAACCAUCUGGUUGGAACCAGAAAUUCUUUUUGCGGGGCCCCGCCAAGCCUUCGAGUUUCCACAAAUCAAUUACAAGAAAUAUAGUGGGAAACCCUAUACAUAUGCAUAUGGCCUUGGACUGAACCACUUUGUUCCAGACAGGCUUUGUAAGCUGAAUAUUAAAACCAGAGAAACAUGGGUAUGGCAGGAACCAGAUUCAUACCCAUCAGAACCUAUCUUUGUUUCACAGCCAGGUGCCCUGGAAGAGGAUGAUGGAGUGAUUCUGAGCGUGGUCGUUAGCCCCUGCGUGGGACCCAAGCCUGCCUACUUACUGGUACUGAAUGCAAAGGAUAUGAGUGAAAUGGCCAGGGCUGAAGUGGAGAUGAACAUUUCUGUUACCUUCCAUGGGAUGUUCAAAACAGCAUGACAGCUAUCACAAGUGCCUUUAUCAUAAUUUACAUUUUUAUCUUCAAAAAGAUAGUUUCUACUUACAAACCUCAAAUACUGUUUUCCAUUGAUGCCUGGCUUUGAUUUAUAAAAUUUGCUUAUUAAGAAAUCACUUUUCUGCAUAUUUACUUAUGAUAUUUGCACAGACUUUUCCAGCUUUACACUUGGCAACAUUUUAAAAAGUGCAGCAGCAAUCAUUUGAAAAUUUAAAACAACAAAGAAGGGCUUUUAUAGAAUUAAACUCUGUGGCAGGGAACAGAAGAUACCUGAAAGAGCACCAUUAGAAUUCAAUAUAUAUUGCAGAUACAAUAAACAUUCAUGAAAUAAGCUGAAAAUUGUAGCUCCUAGUGCAUGCUUUAAGAGGAGGCAAUUUUAUAUUGUUUAGAAAUUUUCUAAUUUAAAUAAUUUCUCUUUCACUGUGUUAACAUCCUAAACUCAAAUGCUUUUCAGUGAGUCACAGUAAACUCACCAAUUUGAACAUCAUCUUUCCUGGCUGUUCUGGGGACCUGAUUCAAUCAAUGAGAGAGCAGGUCUAAGACUAAUAUUUUCUGACUUAAUAACAACCCUACUGCUGAGAACUCUAGAGGUAGAGCCUACAACAUAUAGGUAAUGUCCCUUCCCACUCUUCAGUUAAUAAUGUCCUGUCUACAGUACUGCAUCACCCGCUAGACACUAGUAUGGAAAAAAAUGGCUUCUAUCCUCUUUCCUCCUAAUUUUGGAAGCUCUCUCACAUUCAGGGUAACAAGUGGUUUGGGUAAUGGACUAAGAUCAAAAUCCAAAUUGUCCAGAAUUACAGGGACCCUCUAUACCGGGGUUGUCAACCAAGGGUAUAUAUACCCAUAGGGGUACUUGGAAAGAUCACAGAGGGUGCACGCGGCCUUUACCUAGGGGAGGUCACUGUCAGCCCCACGCAGCACAUUGCUGCUCCUCCCCACCCCCAACCCCAGCGGCUGCCACUAGA